AUGGGUCGUUUAUUUGUCGAACAUUUAGGCGGAGAACGAGUCUUCGUCUGUCACUGUCAAACACCCUUGACAAAUAGAGAUGAAUUACUCAGUACAAGAUUCACUGGAUCUACUGGUCGUGCCUUUCUGUUUCAUCGAGUUGUUAAUGUCACUUUUAGUGAAAUUCAGGAUCGCGUCAUGAUCACUGGUCGUCACUUGGUGCGUGAUGUCCUUUGCAUCAACUGCAAGCAGAAGCUCGGUUGGAUGUACGAGUAUGCAAUGGAGGAGAGUCAGCGCUAUAAGGAAGGUAAAGUUAUCCUCGAAGAAGCUCUUAUUUAUGAGCUGAAAGAAAACGCUGAUCCUUCUCCGGAAGAUGACCCCCUCUAUAUGGUUACGAGUGCAUGUUAA